CACUUGACUUAUUGAAACUGACAACUUUCAUUGUUAGAUAAAUUUUCAAAUUUUUGCUGACAAAAUUUAAAGUAUUCUAUUGAAAAACAUGGCUCAACAAAGGAAUACCUCCAAAAUAAGUAAAACACCAAGUGGAGCUACUCGACUGACUACAACCUCGACAUUUUCUGAAAUGCAGGCUGAUCCUGGAGCUUCUCAAAAAGGCGGUGGUUCUUGUAGCGCCUGUAGUGCAGCUAGAAGAGGUGGUUCACAAAUAUCUGGAAGUAGACACACUACAACAUCAAGUUCCCGAAGACCAGAAGCAUCUGGAAGUGCCAGAAAUACAUCUGGUGGGCCAUAUCCAGGAUCUGGCCAGGCAGGUGCACGUAUUCGAUAUGCAAUGGACAGCGGAUCGACAUCAAGUAUACCAAGACAAGGAAGGCAAGGUUCUAGGAUUCCGCAAAGGGCCAUCUCAAAGGGAGCACCUUGUAAUGUAUGUGGUAGCAAGGGAGGACAACCUAGGGAUACGAUGACUCCAGAAAUGGCUCAGCAACAGUUUGAAAUGGCCAGUGCCGGAGUGGCAAAGGUGGAGACUCCAGUUACUCAUGACCUGCUUCAACGAGCUUUACGGGACGACGGAAAGGUAUAUGCAAGAGGUCAAGAUAUUAGUGAGGUACAACAACAGAUGAUAGUAACCCCAGCUGGCUUGGAACCUGUGCUUCAACAGACUUACACUGAACAAAGAAUAGAACGUGAUGAGAUGGCUGAGAAAGUGAUCAAAAAUCUGGCGGUUGCCGAGAUGGACGAGUGUUCUGGUAAAGGAGUUCGUGUGAUCAUCAGUGAACAACAACUGGAUCCUGGUUUCGGAUUAUCGCAUGAAGGAAAAGAUAUAGUUACUGUUAAAGAAACAAUUUCCGUCACUCCCUCCUAUACAUCGACUGCCAAAGAUGUCACUCAUGAAGCUAUAAGGCCAAAAAUUGAUGUGGAUCCGUAUGAAGUAGCUCGAUUAGUGGAGGAAGAAAGCGAAGAUGUCGAAAAUACAUUGAAAAUAGCUCCUCCGGAUUUGAUGCUUACCGAAGAAAAAUACGCCAUGAAGAAGAGACUGCAGCAAUUGAGGCUGAAUUCUGAGACAAUGGCUCUAAUUGAAGAGUCUGUGAUCAACCCUGUAGCAACUGCGGACGAGGCUUUGGUAGAAACAGCUCCAGAAGCACUGGUGCAGAUAAUGUACACUGUAGAGAGUGGUGUUACCCCAGAAUGCGCUCCAGACCAAAUGUUCCAUACACUUUUCGAGGAAAAACCUACUGAGCAGAGUGUUGUAUUGAGUUCUGUUAGCCCGGGACCUUUGCAAGACGUUCUAAUACCUCAACAGUUCGUUUUGGAUUUGCACAAGGAACCCUUGUCUGGAGAAUUAAACAAACUGACAGAUAUAUACAAGAAUGUCACUGACGCGGACGACUGGCCUCAUGUCGACGUCUUCCAUACUGCCAUGGAUGACGAGGCCAAACACCCAAAGAAGGAUAUUCCAUCGAGAUCGUUUAAGCCAAUUGCAGAUGAAGAUGUUCCUUGGGGUGAUGAAGAUUUGGAACCUUUAGUGAACAUCGUGGGUGCCGAACCUGAAACCGUUCUGGAACCGUCCAAUGCCAAAGAACUGGAAGAAUCGGGUAACCUGGAGACAGAACUAUCCCACGGAAUUGAGUACUUUGUUGAGGCUGAUCCCAUUCAGUACAUGUCUAGGGUGCAGCUGAGAGGUAGUCACGCACCACCCUGGUUCCCAGGUUAUAUCUAUGCUCUGCCCGAGUUUCCAGAACUAAUCAAAGUGGCCAAGAACCCGGAUGAAGUGUUUAUGGCCAGCUGGAAGGCUUGCCAACCGAAACUUAUGCCAGAUGAAUCACUUUCCAUGUCUAUGUAAUAAAAAAAAAAGUUUUUGUUUAACAUGUCUAUUAUUGACCCUUAUGCUACUGAUUACAGCAAUUGAUUUUUUUAGAAUAUCCUAAAUAUAGCAUCAAACUUA